UAGGGUAUCAGGAGGCAGAGGGGGUACAUCUACGACUCAGGAGCUAUUCUAGUGUCUUCUUGACCCGACGAUGGCGAGUGAAAAGUUGGUGCUGGCAGUGAUCAGGGCCGCGAGGCCAACCUUCCGCAACCAAAACGACAAAAUCGCAUUUGCCGUUCACUCCUCCUUCCUCACCUCCGGCUAUGUCCUCACCGCUACAGGUCCCCAGGCCCUCUCCGACAAUGCGUUUUCUGACCCAUCCAAUGACGAGGUAUCCGUUGAUCAUUGGAACGAGCUGAACGAUGAGUACGCGUUCGUUUACGCGAAUCCAGAAAAGGGUUCGGAGAAAGUGCUUGUCAAGUGCCUCGUGAUGAACGACAAAUUGCUCGUUCAUGCUUUUACUCAAGGAUCUUCGGAGCCUUUGAGCCUUGAGAUUGAUGUUGGGGAUUAUGCUGGAGAGGAUGGAGUCAGCAAUUAUUCUCAGCAGUUCAAGAAUUUGGAUAAGCUUGUGAAGAAAAUAGAUGGGGAUAUCUUGUCUAAAUUAGAUGGUUCUGCUAAAGCCAGCUCAUCAAGUAGAAGCUCAGAAACAAGUAACAGAACUAGACAAGAGAUACCUGAUCCUGUUGCUGGAUUUGGUGAACCUGGUGGUCCUCCAACGCAAUUUAUUUUCCCUUCAGUUCCCAUUGGUUCUGGUAGUGAUCUUGUUCCUGGGCCUGCUGCUGGAGUGUUUCCUUCAAGGGGUGGUCAUGGCAUUGGUGGAAGCAUGCUUGUAGGGCCUAAUGACCCCCGUUGGUUUGGUGGUGUUGGUGGUAUUGGUGGAGAUCCUGCUUUUCCUGGAGGAUUGCCGGGUGUUCCUCCCGGUGCGCGAUUUGAUCCAUAUGGACCUCCCGGUGUUCCUGGUUUUGAACCCAACAGAUUUGCAAGGAAUCCUAGGAGGCCAGGAUAUGACACUCAUCCAGAUUGGCAACAUUUUCGGAGAGAUGCUGAUUCAGACUACAUAUAGUCGUAAUACGGACAAGUUGUCUUAAGUCAAUUUACCAAAAACAACUUGAGCAAAUACUAGUUAUAUGGACAAAUUGUUCUCCAUGCGUAUUUUCUUUCAGGGCUAUUAUUAGUUUUAUUGGAGGACAGGGAAAUAUGUUGAUAGGAUGAUUUGAAAUUUGUAAAUAGUUAAGGAUUUAAUUACAAAUUUGUAGUUUGAAUAAGAUCUUCGUCCUUAUACUUUAUUCAUAAGAUUUUGACAUAGGGUUUGAUCCCUAUCACGAA